AUGAACAGGAACAAAGAUUCAUUCCGAAAGCUAAAACGUUCAAUCGGACUGGAUCGUUUUCUAUGCGCUGCCAUUCGUCAUCCUCCUGGGACCUGGUCUUGCUGGAUCGAUCGUGAACUUGCUGGUGAUUCUCGCCAAAUCGCUACCGCUAAGGUAGCACAAGCUAGUCAAACACCAAGCGAUUCAGCGAUCCAAGCCUGGCUGAGCUGGAAGCUGGCGACUUGGCAAGAGAAGGAGGAACGGAUGGGAAGGAAAAUGUGA